GGUCGGGAAACUUUUUUUUUUCUAUUAGUGAACUUUAUUACUUUUGACACCAAAUUGUUCACGAAUUUCUUUUUCUUGGUUUUAGCCUUGAAAUUCACAUCCAUUGGGAUUUAGUUUUUAAUCUUUGUAUCAAUUGAUCUGCCAAAAGCAAUUAUACCAACCCUUUUAAGACAUGGCAAAGCGAAACAGUACUCAGGCCGCGGGGUCGCCAGCCGAAAUGGAAAAGAAAGUUGACGAGGUUACAAUGACAAAUGAAAAGGCGGGUGAAGCCAAGGGAGAAGACAUUCCUUCUGCGAAGAUGUCUCAAGACGAGAAUGAAACUACUGCGCCAGUCGACGGUGAACAAGCUACGGGUAGCAAUAAACGCAAACGCGAUUUCAAAGCCGAGCGCCAGGCCAAGAGACAGAAGAAGGAAGAGAGCAAGGCACCUAAGAAAGCUGCGGCUGUAGUUCGAGAGGCUGAGGAGGCGAUUGCGAGGGAAAAGAAGUUGGCGGAAAAGGCAGAGGCGAAGAAGGUUAGAGAGGAAGCAACGGCUCGAUUGAGGGAGCAGAAAAAAGAUGAAAAGGCGAAGAAACAUGAGGAGAAUCUGAGACAGCAGGAAGAGGAUAAACAGAGGAGGGUGGAGGAGAAGAAGAAGGCUGCGGAGGCGAAAAAGAGGGAUGCAGAGGAGAAGAGGAAGGAUAGAGAGAGGAUUCAGGCGUUGGAGAAACAGGUUAGGGAUUUGAAGAGGGGACAUGGAAAUGGGAAGGCGAAGGGCAAGGGAGCGAAGAAGAGUUGGGACAAAAAAGCGAAGGGACCGAAAACCUCGGAAUUUUUUGGAGAGGGGUUGAAGGCACAGGUUAUUGGUGAUGGUGACGAUGAGGAUGUUGAGGAGGAGGUCAAGGAAGAGGUUGCUGAAGAGGCAAAAGAGGAAAAUAAGAAAGUCAAAUCGAAGCGCAGUUGGAAAGACCUUAAGAAAGGAAAUGUCGCGCCUACUGGUCUAGAAGCAAAGAUUGCUGCUGCGAGAGCUUCGGUAGCCCAAGCUGAAGAUAAGCUGGAUGGCGAUGUUACUAUGGAGGAUGCGCCUGAAGUAAAUGGCGAGCAAGAGAAUGAGACCGAAGAAGAAACCUCUGAACCGGCUGUCGGUAACUCCGAUGUUGUCUCAUAUCCUUCUCUUGAGCAUUUAAUCGAAGAUAACGCUGAAGGCGUUCCCGAAUCUACCGCCGAAUCCGACGCUCCAGCCCAAACAGAAGUCGAUGAGGAGAAUCCUGAAGGAACUUCCGAUGACAAAGCAGAUGAUGAGAAAGCGGACUCGGACAUUCCCGAAGAAGAUAGCAAGGAGGCCUCGCCUGCCGUUCAAGAAGAAGACAAAGUCGAAGAUGAUUCUUCCAAGGAGAAUGCUACACCUGUAGCCGAUUCAGACAUGGAAGUUGACGAGCCCAAGGAAGAUGGCGAGGCCAGUGCAAGUGCGAAGAAGCGUUCAAGGAAGAGAGUCAGAAACAAUAAUCGCUUGGAGGCUGAAGAUACCCCAACAACGCCUGCAACACCUGCUUCGUCUAAAAUUCAAAAGAUCAAGACACCAACAGCUACUCCUCUCGCAUCGAAGAACCAAAAUGUCAAGACACCUACAAAAUCACCUGCACAGACAAAGGCGGCAGUCGCAAAGAAGGGAAGGCCUCCAGUGAAGGCAGCCAACAAGGCUCAGACUACCCCCAAAUCUCCUAAGGUACCAGGAGAUUCCAAAUCGCCAAAAGCCAAACGCGGAAGAGUACCAAAAGCAAGAGCUGCCGUUCUUGCCUCAGCACCGGGAAUUGAUUCUCCAGCUAGGAAUACCAGGAGAUCGGCAAAAGCCAACCACUCGUAGAAGGGCCAGAGUCUACGAGUGGUAGUCAACUUCUGGAUAUUAGUUUGAGUCACCAUAACUGCGAAAUUGAUGAAGCCACCGUUGGUGGGUUGGGAGGAGGAACAGAUAUAACCACCGGAACCAAUAAUGAUAAUAAUGAUGAUUACGAGUCAAUCA